AUUAAAUUGUGUACGAAUUGAAUCGAGAUGAAGAAGAAGACAAAUAAAAAUGGAAGCGGGAAAAUCCUCGAAAAUGUCAAACCAUUGUUCCCUUGUCUUCUGUUCUCUUAUGUCUCGAUGGAAGAAUCUCGUUGGUUUGAAUGUAAAUGUUGGAGCUUUUAUUGGUAAGUAUCCUCAUGCUUUUGAGAUCUUUACACAUCCUUUUAGGAAGAAUUUGUGUUGUAAGAUUACUGAGAAGUUUAAGGUUUUGAUUGAUGAGGAAGAGAGUGUUGUUAGAGAGUGUGAGGUUGAUGCUGUGAUGAGGGUAAAGAAGUUGUUGUUGAUGUCGAAAAACGGUGUUCUUCGUGUUCAUGCUUUGAGGUUGAUUAGAAGGGAAUUGGGUUUGCCUGAGGAUUUUCGAGAUUCGAUUUUGGCUAAGUAUACUAAAGAUUUCAGGUUGGUUGAUUUAGAGACUUUGGAAUUAGUUGAUGGAGGUGGUGAUGAUGAGAGUUUGUGUGUGGCAAAAGUUGAGGAGUGGAGAGGAGUUGAAUAUAGAGAGAAAUGGUUGAGUGAGUUUGAGACGAACUACGCUUUUCCGAUUCAUUUCCCUACAGGAUUCAAGAUUGAGAAAGGAUUCAGAGAAGAGUUAAAGAAUUGGCAAAGGGUUCCUUAUGUGAAGCCUUAUGAUAGAAAGGAGAUUUCUCGAGGGUUAGAGAGAUUCGAGAAGCGAGUGGUUGCAGUUAUCCAUGAGCUUCUGAGCUUAACGGUUGAGAAAAUGGUUGAAGUUGAAAGAUUAGCUCAUUUCCGAAAGGAUCUUGGAAUUGAAGUAAACGUAAGGGAAGUAAUAUUGAAUCAUCCCGGGAUUUUCUAUGUAUCGACGAAAGGAAGUACGCAGACAUUGUUUCUAAGAGAAGCUUAUAGCAAAGGCUGUUUGAUUGAGCCAAAUCCGAUAUACAAUGUGAGGAGGAAAAUGCUGGAUCUUGUGUUGUUGAAAGCGCGACAUACGAGAAAGUUGUUACAAACGGAAGAUGAAACUCAUGAAGAAGAGAAGAGUAGAGAUGUUUUGACUAGCUCUCCUGAUGAUUGGGAAGGAGAGAGAGAUGGAGAUUGGGUCUUACCAAUUCUAGGGAAAUGAGUUUUGUGCAAAAGUCUCAUCUUAAUGUAUGAAAGUGUAUUAGAUUGAUCUUGUUUGUGAAUUAGAUGAUCCUCUCUCUCAUGUCUCUGCAAAGUUUUGUUCUUGUGGCCAUAAGUGUAAUUAUGAUGAAAUUGUAGCAAACAAGAAACUAUUUGGUGGGUUUUGAUUAAAUAAUUUAAAAUUUC